CCGUCAGGCCGAAUCAAUCAGCACCCCCACGCCCAGGGCAAACACCCGGGCUCCUUUGGACCUGAGCCCCACCCAGGCCUCCACCUGCAUUUCAGAAAAGAGCAAGAGCAGCCAGCCCAAGGCCUAAUCCCCCAAACUGGGGGCAGAGACAGGAUUAACUACCCCCAGGCACCAUGAGCACGAUUAGUGAGGUCGUGCAGCGGGCCAGAGCCGCCUUCCUCUCGGGCAGGACCCGCCCGCUCCAGUUCCGCAUCCAGCAGCUGGAGGGGCUGCGGCGCCUGAUCCGGGAGCGCGAGAAGGACCUCGUGGGUGCGCUGACCGCCGACCUCCACAAGAACGAAUGGAACGCUUACUACGAGGAGAUCGUGUAUGUCCUGGAGGAGGUCGAGCACGUGAUCAAGAAGCUCCCCGAGUGGGCUGCGGACGAGCCCGUGGAGAAGACCCCCCAGACCCAGCAGGAUGAGGCCUACAUCCACUCGGAGCCCCUGGGCGUGGUCCUCAUCAUUGGCGCCUGGAACUACCCCUUCAACCUCACCAUCCAGCCCAUGGUGGGCGCCAUCGCUGCAGGGAACGCCGUGGUCAUCAAGCCCUCGGAGCUGAGUGAGAACACGGAGCGCCUGCUGGCCACCCUCAUCCCUCAGUACCUGGACAAGGACCUGUACCACGUGGUCACCGGGGGCGUCCCUGAGACCACGGAGGUGCUCAAGGAGCGAUUCGACCACAUCCUGUACACGGGCAGCCCAGGCAUCGGGAAGGUCAUCAUGGCGGCUGCGGCCAAGCACCUGACCCCCGUCACGCUGGAGCUGGGGGGCAAGAACCCCUGCUACGUGGACAAGGACUGCGACCUGGACGUGGCCUGCAGACGCAUCGCCUGGGGAAAGUUCAUGAACAGCGGCCAGACCUGCGUGGGCCCCGACUACAUCCUCUGUGACCCCUCGAUCCAGAAUCAAAUCGUGGAGAAGCUCAAAAAGUCCCUGAAAGAGUUCUACGGGGAGGAUGCCAGGAAGUCCCGUGACUACGGAAGAAUCAUUAACUCCCAGCACUUCCAGAGGGUGAUGGGCCUGCUGGAGGGCCAGAAAGUGGCCUACGGAGGCACGGGCGACGCGGCCACCCGGUACAUAGCCCCCACCAUCCUCACGGAUGUGGACCCCCAGUCCCAGGUGAUGCAGGAGGAGAUCUUCGGGCCCCUUAUGCCCAUCGUGUGUGUGGGCAGCCUGGAGGAGGCCAUUCGGUUCAUCAACCAGCGCGAGAAGCCCCUGGCUCUCUACGUGUUCUCCCUCCAUGACAAGGUGAUUCAGAAGAUGAUCGCGGAGACCUCGAGCGGAGGCGUGACGGCCAAUGACGUCAUCGUCCACAUCACCGUGCCCUCUCUGCCCUUCGGGGGCGUGGGGAACAGCGGCAUGGGGUCCUACCACGGCAAGAAGAGCUUCCAGACCUUCUCCCACCGCCGCUCCUGCCUGGUGAGGCCUCUGCUGAACGAAGAGACCCUCAGGGCCAGAUAUCCCCCCAGCCCCGCCAAGAUGCCCCGUCACUGAAGGCUGCCUGGCGCCGCUGCGCCCUCACCCGCGCUCUCACCCGCGCUCCAGCCAGGGAAGGUUUCGCUGCGCCCCGCCUGCUGCCUGAGCACCCCGGGAUCCCGCCCCCCACCUCCCGGUCCAGCCCCGUCGCUGUAGAGACUAGAGACAAUCAAAGUGUCCAACCUGGAACAACAGAAGUUUCCAGCCCCCGCAGAUGUAGAGACAAUAAAAAGUUCCAACCUGGAA